AUGAGUACUAUAACAAAGGACGUUCGUCACUAUUUUAAACUAGAUCGUUUAGUAGCACGAUCGUAUGUUAUACUUCGUCAAUUAUUUAAAAAACGUUAUUCUCUAUUCAACAGCGGUAAAGUAUGGGAUGAUUCAUCAACUUGUGGAACACGUACUCAAUCGAUUAAUGAAGAAAACGUUAAAGAAGCAGCACAUCUGAAUACAUUUGGCACACAAGCUCAUAAAGAUGGAAAAUUAUCCGAUGCUAUUGCAUUAUUUACGAAGGCAACCGUUUUAUCGGGUGUGUUAGAUCGUGAUCGUGCAAUUUUCUAUUCGAAUAUGUCAUCUAGUUGUCUUGCAUUGUAUGAAAAAAAGCAGAAUGGUACUUCAAACAUCUUUGAAAUACAUGAUCCAAGAAAUCAACGAUAUCUUGCACUUCAAGAUGCAAAACGAGCUCGGAAUCUUUGGCGUUGGAAAACUCUUGAACCUACAAAAGAUGAGGUACGAAAAGCAUUAGAUGAAGGUCGUCAUAUACUGGGUCGGCAAAUGCGUUAUGAACAUCUUGAUCCACGAUUCAGUCCACUAACGGUUCCUGAGCAAUUAAAUGCAUUACAAGAAACAAUUGGAAUAAAUCCAGAAAAUCUGCUCACGUUACAUAGUUUAGCAGAGGCAAUAGAUUCAGCUGCAGCUGAUGUUCUCAAAUGA